CAGGCGCUCAAUGCAAUCAGAUCAGAGAAGUAAUAGUGACAAAAUGGCUAGUGCGGUAAAUAGUGCGAAUUCUUUACGCAGAAUAUUAGUCGGGAUAAAAACUUUGGAAAAUAGCGACACAGUUAAAAUAGCCAGAUUUGUAGACUGUCUUGUUAAUUAUUUCGCGCCAAAUAGUUUAUCUGUAAAUGUCGGCUGCAAACUGGAAGAUGAUGUGCUGGUAUUAUAUCCCGCAAGUCCGAAUUUUGUGCACGUUAAACGAGAAAAAUCAUUGUCGGACGAAAAACUUUAUUCUAGUGGAACAGCGGACUUCGGAAAUGUGGUGUUGCAGCAUUCCCCGACGUGCCCCGUUAUGUUAUUGGAAGAAACGGAGGAGGCUGCCCUGUCAAUCCCGGAGAGCACCCAAAACCGUGGAGUUCAUGUUGGAGUGACAGUUGUCCUGGAAUCUUCGGAUUCACAUAUUCUUUUGACCCAAAGGUCGGGUCACAUGCGGUCAUUUCCAGGAGCCUGGGUCCCACCCGGUGGAAAUAUUGAGUCUGGAGAGAGUUUGGUUGAAGGUGGGCUGCGUGAGCUGUAUGAGGAAACCGGCCUCUGUCUGAACGUCGACCUCUGCCCAGAAAGCGACCAGUCGCCAUCAGCUUCGCAGGGACCCUCUGUGCGUGUGUUGUGCCUUUGGGAGUCUGUAUUCCCCGCCUUCUUGUCAGCGGGCCCUCCGCGGUAUCACCACGCAGUUGUGUACCUUCAUGUCGUCGUUUCGAAGAACAAGGAUGAGCUUCAGAAUGCAAUAAAGCUAGAUCCAGAUGAAGUCCAGGCAUGUGUCUGGCUGAACGAAGAGGACGUGAGGGCACUUGUAUCCGACAACGCGACCAGUCGUACGGUCCUGCAGUGGAAAGCGGGGCCAGGCAGCGACAUGACACCCAAGCUGACCUCCCUGUCGUCGAUGUUCCUGGCUCCGUGGCUUGACGAACCCCUAACCGGGGUGCAGGCAGCUCUCUGUGGCUGGCUGCGUCUCAAAGACAGUUCGAGGGGAGGGUGCGGAGGAGUGAAAGGCAGCUGCAAUAAAAGCUUUGAAAGCUGUCGGAUAUAGCACACUAAAGUAAAGCCAUAGCCCUGGAUGUAUAUUGUGGGCCUUACAAAUCUGUGAUAGUUGGCAUUUUAUAAGAAAAUGCCUCACAAUGUUUACAGUACUAUUUUUAAUGGUAAUGGUUUUGCAAAAUAUAUUUAAAGACUUUUAUUGCUCUUGUAAGAAGGUUGGUAUUUCAGACAUUGGUUACUUGCCAUUUUUCUCACAACAGGAAGAAAUAAUAAACUUCUAUAUAUUUUGUGCAGGUAGGGCCCUGUAGAUUGUAUGCAUUUGAAGAAAAAAAUCAUAAGCUACUGCUAAAAUAAUUCUUUAUGUACUACUGGUUUCAAGCUUCUGACCAUCUUCAGGUAUUUUAUAUAAGAAUGGAGCUAUAUGGGGCACUUCAAGAUGGGCAAAACUGUCCACCAUAUAGUGGAGAUGCUACAUCACAGGUAGGCACAACAAAUAGACUGUCAAACAAAAGCUAACAAAGCAUUUUUCCGAAUUACACACACACACACACACACACACACACACACACACACACACACACACACACACACACAAUAUGAUAUUAACAUUUGCUAAACCAGUGUUUAGCAUUCUGAUGAUGACAGAAGAAUCUGCUGAAACUAGUAAAGCCAAAUAAAUUUUCUAAUUGUGCAACUGA